GAUGGGAACGGGAACGGAGGCGGGAGCGGGACCAGCUGCAGACAUGGUUGAAGAUGGCAACACCACCAGCCUUCAGGUUGUGAUCCCAGAAGAUGCAACCCCCGUGCUGCAGUUUGUGGAGGACAGGAUCCACACCACUAUGCUGACUGGAAUUGCAAUUGGAGCUGCAGUGGCGCUGCUGUUCAUUGCAGUUGUUGUGUUUGUUGUGUACAGAAGAGUGAGACAAUCCAAACAACUGCAGCCCCACGUGCCCCAGUACAGGUUCCGCAAGAGGGACAAAGUGAUGUUCUACGGGAGGAAGAUCAUGAGGAAGGUUACAACUCUCCCCAACUCCCUGGUUGGGAACACGGUGCCUCGCCAGAGGAUGCGCAAACGGGCAAAGGUUUUAUCUCUGGCCAAAAGGAUUCUACGUAUUAAGAAGGAAUGUCCAACUCUGCAGAGGAAAGAACCUCCUCCCUCUUUGCUAGAGGCAGAUCUGACUGAAUUUGAUGUGAAGAAUUCCCAUUUGCCAUCAGAAGUCCUGUACAUGCUUAAAAAUGUCAGGGUCCUUGGGCACUUUGAGAAGCCUCUGUUCCUGGAGCUGUGCAAGCACAUGUUCUUUGUGCAGCUGCACGAGGGCGAGUACAUCUUCCGUCCCGGGCAGCCGGACAACAGCAUCUACGUCGUGCAGGAUGGCAAGCUGGAAGUUUGCAUCCAAGAAAGUGAUGGAACAGAAGUGGUGGUGAAGGAGGUGCUGGCAGGAGACAGUGUCCACAGCCUUCUCAGCAUCCUCGAUGUCAUCACGGGCCACCCUGCUCCGUACAAAACAGUCUCGGCCCGAGCAGCCACUCCAUCCACCAUUCUGAGACUUCCAGCAAGUGCCUUCCAGGAUGUGUUCCAAAAAUACCCUGAAACUCUGGUGAGAGUGGUGCAGAUCAUCAUGGUGAGGCUGCAGAGGGUGACAUUCCUGGCGCUGCACAACUACCUGGGUCUGACCACCGAGCUCUUCAGCUGUCAGAGCCAGGCCAUCCCACUGGUGUCUGUGACCAGUGUCACAGCUGGAGGAAGCACCAGCAAAGCGGGGAAAAGACCAGUGCCCAGUGCACUGGAGGAGGAUCGUGGGGAGAAGUUUGAAAGAUCUGGGGAAGGACUGGAAAUGGAUAUGUUGAAGGUUUCUGGUGCAGAAAACUCAGAGCAUAUUUUCAGGAGAAGCCUUUCAUCACCUCCCUAUGCAGGGUCUGCAGAGGCUUCUAAUAAUUCCAGCAGUGCCAAGUCUGACAUGGACAUGGCCUACGAGAGGGCCCGUGUUCACCUGGUGCCAGAGGACGCUGCCGGCAGCCCCGGGACGGCCAAGUCCAUCCUGAAGAAGACUGUGACGGUGACAGAGACUCCUUCAGCAGUUUUCCACUACAGUGCUGUGCAGGACUCCUGUAACACCAAACACAUUGAUGCCAUGGUUGAAGCAGCAAAGAAGGACCUCUCAACCCUGAUGAAGCUCGAUAAUCCCGCGCUGCUGAACGGCAAAGUGACGCUGCAUCAGGUCACUGCUGGCACCGUGCUGUCGAGGCAGGGGGACCAGGAUGUUAAUGUUUGCUUUGUGGUCUCGGGGAUGCUUCAUGUGUACCAGAGGAAGAUUGACUCUGAGGAGGACACUUGUCUCUUCAUAACCCACCCCGGGGAGCUCGUGGGCCAGCUCGCCGUGCUCACUGGGGAGCCACUGAUCUUCACCAUCAAAGCCAACAGAGACUGCAGCUUCCUGUCCAUUUCCAAGUCCCAUUUCUAUGAGAUCAUGCGGGAGCAGCCCAGUGUGGUCCUUGGGGUGGCCCACACGGUUGUGAAGAGAAUGUCCCCCUUUGUCAGGCAGAUUGACUUUGCCCUGGACUGGAUGGAGGUGGAGGCUGGACGGGCUGUUUACAGGCAGGGGGACAAGUCUGACUGCACCUACAUCGUGUUGAACGGGCGCCUUCGCUCCGUCAUACGGAUGGAAGAUGGGAAAAAGCACCUGACUGGGGAAUACGGCCGAGGGGACUUGAUUGGAGUGGUGGAGGCCCUGACCCACCAGCCCAGAGCCACCACGGUGCACGCUGUCCGGGAUUCCGAGCUGGCCAAGCUGCCGGAGGGAGCCCUGAUAUCCAUCAAACGCAAAUUCCCCCAGGUUGUGACUCGACUUAUUCACUUGCUGGGAGAGAAGAUCCUUGGCAGUUUGCAGCAGGGAGGUCACCCUCUUGGAUUACACAGCUCCAGCAGCAAGUGGGAUGCUGGGAAUCCUGCCAGCAACCUGUCCACGGUGGCGAUCAUGCCGGUGUCCGAGGAGGUGCCGCUGACGGCCUUCACCCUGGAGCUCAAACACGCCCUCAGUGCUGUGG